AAAGCAGCGCUCGCUGCAAGAGGCCUGGGCGGCGAGUGCGCUUUUGCGCAUCUUCCCUUGCUGGCUGCUGCGGGCGCCGCGUUGGGGACCCCGGAAUAGAGCGUACAGAGGAAGUGGAUCAGGGUUGUGUGCAUUGGAGAUCUUCUACUAGCCGCAAUGAAUUACAGGGUGAAAAUUAUGAGCAAAAUAGUUCCGGGGCAAUUUGAUGAUGCGGAAUCUUCAGACAGCGAACGCACACAGGCUUCGGAAGCAGCUGAAGAGGAGAAGGCGGUCUUUAUAACGCAGCAGCCACGUUUAUGUGAGGAAGCAGACGAGGGUGAAUUGGAUGAGAGUGGCGAGGAGGAGGAGGACAGCGAUUGGGACUGGGACGAUGCCAUGGGGAAGCUCACAAAGCGAAAUCCGUUAUCUGCAGGCAGAAACCCUCAGGCCAAUAAGCAAAUUCCUAGCUGCAACGCGGCCAAAAUGUCCACUCCUACAGACAAGGCCUUAAGAAAGUUUGAGAAUAAAAUCAAUCUAGACAGGCUACACUUUGCUGACUCUGUUAUAAAUAAAGUUACUGAGAAGUCCAGGCAGAGAGACGCAGAAAUGUACCGGGUGAAAGACAAGUCAGACCGAGCGACAGUGGAACAAGUUCUGGAUCCAAGGACUAGAAUGAUUCUGUUCAAGAUGCUAACCAGAGGUGUCAUAUCGGAGAUCAAUGGCUGCAUCAGCACAGGAAAAGAGGCUAAUGUAUAUCAUGCCAACACAGCAAAUGGAGAGAACAGAGCCAUAAAGAUUUAUAAAACGUCUAUACUGAUGUUUAAAGAUCGGGAUAAGUAUGUGAGUGGAGAGUUCAGGUUUCGCCAUGGCUACUGUAAAGGAAACCCAAGAAAAAUGGUCAAGACGUGGGCAGAAAAAGAAAUGAGGAAUUUAACAAGGUUACAUACAGCCCAAAUUCCAUGCCCAGAACCUAUUAUGCUCAGAAGUCACGUUCUUGUUAUGAGCUUUAUUGGCAAAAAUGACAUGCCUGCUCCAUUGUUGAAAAAUGCCCAGUUGUCGGAAUCCAAAGCUCGGGAGUUGUAUCUGCAAGUCAUACAAUACAUGAGAAGAAUGUACCAAGAUGCCAAGCUCGUUCAUGCAGAUCUCAGUGAAUUUAACAUGCUGUAUCACAGUGGUGAGGUAUACAUCAUAGACGUGUCCCAGUCUGUGGAACACGACCACCCACAUGCUUUAGAAUUCCUGAGGAAAGAUUGCUCUAACAUCAAUGAUUUUUUCCGGAAGUACAAUGUUGCAGUGAUGACGGUGAGAGAACUCUUUGAAUUCGUUACAGAUCCAUCUAUUACAAAUGAGAACAUGGAUGCUUACCUUGAAAAGGCAAUGGAAAUAUCGUGUGAGAGGACAGAGGAGGAAAGGUCCAAUCAGGAUAACGUGGAUGAAGAGGUGUUCAAGAAAGCGUAUAUCCCAAGAACUCUGACUGAAGUUAAGAACUACGAGAGGGAUGUUGACACAAUGAUGAAGCUGAAGGAGGAAGAGACGGCCUUAAAUGUGCAGCAAGAUAAUAUUCUCUACCAGACUGUGACAGGGUUAAAGAAGGAUUUAUCAGGUGUCCAGAAGGUGCCUGCUCUCCUUGAAAACAGAGAGGAGGCAGAUUCUGAUUCAGAGGACAAUGACAGUUCUGACCAUUCAGAGUUGGGCUGCAAAGAGCAGGAAGAAGAAUCUGUGCAUCCUAAAGAUCGACCUGCUGAAACCAGCGUGGAUAAAAAGGAACGGAAGAAGAUAGCCAAAGAGGCUCAGAGAGAGAAGAGGAAAAACAAGACCCCAAAGCACGUGAAGAAACGGAAAGAGAAGACUGCAAAGAUGAAAAAGGGCAAAUAAAUCAUGGCUGCCAUUUCUAAUGGGCAGCUUUAGCCAUUCGUGAUUUAAUGGGUUGCUGUUUUGAUAUUAAAAUAAACCCCAUCGGCCACUUAUUGUGGUGGCCACCAAAGGAACAAUGUGAAAGGGACAUACUGUUACCAGUCACCGAGAUUUGCUUGUGUACCCGUGCAUAUAGUCUAUAGCUCACACCAGGAAAGUCUUCUUGGUGGAUAAAUAAAAACAAAUGGAAUCCUUUUAAGGCAGUUGGCCAGUCCAGAGAAAUUUACGCAAGUUGUAUUUUGCAGUUUAGUAGUGUGAACAGCCAGAGCGAUGCCAGAUUCUUUUUUCAUGCUCCAAAGCAGAUGCACAUGCAUAUGUAAAUAAUAAUAAUGUGUAUAGGGAGAAUGUGCAUACUCACGAAUUAAAACUGUCUGUUACAUUGGAA